GUCUUUCUCAUACAACUGUUGGAAAACUGAUGAUACCAAAUAAAACACAUUUAUUUUAAAACUAAAACUAGUACUUUUGUGGCAGAAUCAUGAGAUUGAUCUAAUCUCUUAUUCUGUGAAAAUCUUCCAAAGCAUGUUCUGUUACAGGUACCACUCAUAAACGUGUUAGGUCAUCAUAAUUACUUACUUUGGAAAAGUUUUAGCCAAAUGAGAAAUCAAAGCCUGACUUCCUCUGUUAUCCAUAAAAGGAAUAUUUCCUGAGUCACUAACUCAAGAAGGUGGUUGCUCAACACACCCAGUCUACAGCCUAUAUAACAGCUGCCUCCAGCACAGAAACACAAGUUGCCUACAACGAGGAAACAUGAAGACAAUCAAUCUCAGCAUUCUACUAAGCCUGGCAGUCGCAGUUCACUGCGUGCCAAUAUCACAGGUUACUGUUCAAGAUGAGCAAUUUGCAGAGAGCUACCUGAAGAAAUUCUUCAACCUAACUGAGGAGAGCGGUCCAACUAUCAGACGGGGGAUCAGCCCAGCGGUCAAGAAGCUGACUGAGAUGCAGCGAUUCUUUGGUCUCCAGAUCACCGGGACGCUGGAUGCUGACACCAUGGCGAUGAUGAAGAAGCCCCGCUGUGGCGUUCCAGAUGUGGACCCUGCUCGUUUCUCUACCUUUGGAAAUAACCUCAAGUGGCAGAAAAACAGUCUUACGUACAGGAUUGAGAACUACACACCUGACAUGUCUGUGGCAGAGGUAGAUGACUCCAUGGAGAAAGCACUGCAGGUUUGGGCCAAAGUCACUCCUCUGAGAUUCACAAGAAUCUACAGUGGCACAGCUGACAUCAUGAUCUCCUUUGGCCGCCAAUCACAUGGUGAUUUUUACCCCUUUGAUGGCCCUGAUGGCACUCUUGCCCAUGCCUUCGCCCCAGCCCCUGGCAUUGGAGGAGAUGCUCAUUUUGACGAUGAUGAGACCUUCACCUUCCGCUCAAAGUCUGGAUACGUCCUGUUCAUGGUAGCUGCCCAUGAGUUUGGCCACUCCCUGGGCUUGUCUCACUCUACAGAUCCUGGUGCUCUCAUGUACCCUCUGUACAUAUACAGAAACCCUGACACCUUUGUUCUCCCCCGGGAUGAUGUCAACGGCAUCCAGUCUCUCUAUGGUCCAAACCCUGAUAAGGAUCCAGUUCAGCCUGAACCUCAGCCUCCCACCACCCCUGAUGCCUGUGAUUCCACCAUGGUAUUGGACGCUGUGGCCACCCUGCGAGGAGAGAUGCUCUUCUUCAAAGACAGCUUCUUCUGGCGUAGCUACCCUCAGAGCAAUACACCUCAGCAAAGUCUCAUCACAAACUUCUGGCCUAAUGCCCCUGUCAACAUCGACGCUGCUUAUGAGAGCAAACAAUCAGACAAUGUCCUACUCUUUAAAGAUCGUAAAGUGUGGGCUUUCAGUGGCUAUGACCUUGUACGUGGCUAUCCUAAAACAAUUUCCAGUUUUGGUCUGCCCAAAAGUGUGAAGAAAAUCGAUGCUGUUAUGUAUGACGUGGAUUCUCGCAAGACUCUGUUCUUUGUGGACAGAUAUUACUACAGUUAUGAUGAGACCAAACAGACAAUGGACGAGGGAUUCCCUAAACGUGUUGAUGAGACCUUCUCUGGCAUGACCGGCAAGGUGACAGCAGCUUUCCAGUACAGAAGUUUCACCUAUCUCUACAGUGGACCCCAUAUGUUUGAGUACAGCAUGAGGAGCGGCAGGUUGUUCCGUGUGCUGGGAAACAGCUACUUCUUGCGUUGCACUAACUUCUAGACCAGAUGACAACAGAAGUUGUUAAAAAGUUUACAUAACUUGUAAUAAUAUAUUCUAUAAUAUCUAAUUAUAUUAUUAUAUACUUGAGGAUAUA